AUGUCCUACGAAAUGCACCACAUCGGCGCGCGCGUUAAUCCAAUGCAGCCUUCAACCACGACCAAUCCAAUCAAGCCGAAGAAGAAUAUGAUCGACUGCGCGGCCUCGCUCACCAAGAAGCAAACAAACGAAACCAUUGUUUUGAGCGUGUAUAUCCCUCCUCCUCUUCUCACCCACUUGCCUCUCCUCUUCCCUCCAAAACUAACCGCAUGUGAAAUCGUGGUCACGCAGUCACAACAAGCCUACACCAAUGGCGACGGCGCACUCGCUAAACAACUCUCCGAAGAAGGCAAAGAACAUGGUCGCAAAAUGCAGGAGUAUAAUCGCCAAGCCUCUGAAUUCAUUUUCCGCGAGAACAAUGCCGCUGGCCGGGUUGCCGAUGACACCAUUGAUCUGCAUGGCCAGUACGUCGAGGAGGCGGAGGAUAUACUCGAGGAGCGCAUCAAGUAUGCGCGCCAGCACGGGCAGACGCAUUUGCACGUCAUCGUCGGCAAAGGAAAUCACUCAGCCAACCACGUCCAGAAAAUCAAACCGCGCGUCGAGCAGGUCUGUCGUGAGCUCGGGCUGCAAUACGCCACGGAAGAAAAUGCAGGCCGCAUCUAUGUCAAUCUGACCGGUGGUCCGGCCGAUACGAUUCCUCCUGGUCAUGAGUAUCAGCAACAACCUUACUAUGGCGGUGGUGGAUAUCCUGGCCAACAGCCGCAGCAACAGCCGCAUCAAUACAACCAGUACAGUCAGGCGCAGCAGGGUCAAGCCGGGAAACAGGAUGAUGUUGAAGCCAUUGUUGAAAAGGUGCUUCCCACCGUCCUGCGCAAGCUUGGUGGUUGCUGUAUCGUUAUGUGA